UAUGAUAGUAAAACACCCAAAAAAUUCAUAAAUAAAGCAUGACAUUGCUUGACUUGGACAUUACUGAACUUCAAGAAACUAAUCAGGAAGAAUGCUGAGUUCGACCAUGGCUUCACUUGGUUUCGCUUCUUCUCUUUGUCCAACAAACUCUUUGUUUUUCGCUCCAUGCGUGCACAGACAUCCAAGAAACUUGCUCGGUCGUGUAAUUGCGAGCUGUAGAACUAGCAGCAGCGAGCUGAUUACUGAAGCAGCAGUUGCUGAGAGUACUGAAAGGAAUAGAACAGGCUUUGGAUUGAAGAACUUGACUGAGAUUUUCUGGGUUGAUGUACAUCGUGCUGAAGGGAGGCCAUUGAAUGUUAGGCUUGAUGAACCGUUGACCAUUGGAUCUUCAAGGCUUGAAGAGGUCGAGAAUGUGGCUGUCAGAGUUGAACUGAGCAAUGGGUGUGUUGGGUGGGGUGAGGUGUCAGUUCUUCCUCGGGUUAACUGGAACCAGGCCACUGCUCUUGAGAAAGUGAGAGAGGCAUGUGAAUUUCUGGGGCAGGGUCCCCCUGUAUCUUUGAAUUUGGCUUUAGAUCAGAUUUCAAAGAUUGUUCCUGGAAGUGAAUUUGCUUCAGUUAGGGCUGGACUGGAAAUGGCAUUGAUUGAUGCUGUGGCCAAUAGCAUUGAUGUACCCCUAUGGAGAUUAUUUGGAGGAGUGUCCAAUACCUUGUCAACUGCUGCUACUAUUCCAACUACUUCCUCGGCUAAAGCUUUUGAUCUGGCUGCUAAGUAUUGCAAACUAGGAUUUAAGACUUUGAAGAUUAAAGUCGGCAGAGACCUAAAUGCAGAUAUUGAAGUUCUUCAAUCGAUACGAGCAGCUCACCCUCAUUGCUUAUUUAUUUUGGAUGCAAAUGAGGGGUACACUUCAAAGGAAGCUAUUGAAGUUCUUGAAAAGCUAAACGAAAAUGGGGUAACUCCUAUUCUCUUUGAACAACCAGUACACAGAGAUGACUGGAGAGGUCUAGGUGAUGUGAGUAGUGUUGCUAGAGAGAAGUAUGGGACAUCUGUUGUUGCAGAUGAAAGUUGCAGGAAUUUGGUUGAUGUUCAAAAACUUGUAGAGGAAAAUCUUGUGGAUGUCAUCAACAUUAAACUAUCCAAAUUUGGGGUUCUUGGGACCCUUGAAAUUGUUGAGAUGGUUAAAAAAUCAGGAUUGAACCUUAUGAUAGAUAGUGUGGCUGAAACUAGACUUGCCACAGGUGUUGCUGGUCAUUUAGCCGCAGGGCUUGGUUGCUUCAAAUAUAUUAAUAUUAGUGCCCCAAUUUUGUUAUCAGAAGAUCCAGUUGUGGGAGGUUAUGAAGUUUCUGGUGCUGAUUACAAGUUUGUAAAUAGCAGAGGGCAAGGAGGUUUUCUCAAAUGGGAUAUUCUCUGAUGAAAUUGACCGGAUCUGCUCUCUCAAAGAAAGGAUUCAGAAAUUUUAAUGGUGACUUCAACUAAAAGAUUAACCAGCAUGACAAUGGUAUGUUGAAGUAUGUUGGGCAAGCUUCAGCCAGAGAUAAGAGUUUUCCAUCCUUUAGUCAGAAAGCUUUGUAGUCUGAACAACUGGAUUUCCUCCUGUAUUUCAGGAUUCUGUAAUGUUUGUAAGGUCAAGUCUAUUUAUUUAUAAAGUUCAACAAGCAAAUAAACAAAGUAUGAGAGCUGAAAUCUGAAAUGUACAACUAAAUAUUGAGUCCUAGGCAACUCAAUGUUAUCCACAACUGAA